GAGGGGAGGGAGAGAGAGAGAGAGAGGCAAGGUCGGGAGAGGCAGGCAGCAAGGAGGAGCGAGAGGGACGCGUCCUGAAUCCCGACGAUCGCCGCCCGCGCUCGCCACGGCCGCCGCCGCCGCGCCGCCACCAAAAAUAAACUCGGGGAGUGAAAUUCUCCUCGCGCUCCCGUGAGCCAAGCCGGGAGCCAGGGAGGCCAUGUCCGUGGCUCGCCACUCGGGGAUGCCCUCCGGAGGCAGACAGACUCAGAGCCGCGCGGGAGAUCGGACAUCAUCAGGAGCAGCAGCGUCAUCGUCGGCGGCAUCGGCGGCUGCUGUGUCGGAAGGCGUGGUGCUCCGCCGGCCCCUGCUGCUCUCCAGGGACGAGGUGCUGUCGGCGGCCCCGCGCAAUGGGCGCGAGCGCGGCGGCACGCGGCUAGAGCGGCCCGUGAGCCGGCGCCACACGGUGGACGGGGCGCGGCUCAACGACGCCGACGCCGCCGUCGGCCACGCGAGCGGCACUCCGGGCCCGCCGCGCCUCACCGCCACCGUGCCGCACGCCCUGCGCAGCGGCGCACCGCCCAGGAACCACGAGCGGGGCCUGUACGGGAGCUACCGGCACCUGCACUCCCACACGGCACCGGCGCCCGUCAGCUCUACCAAGGGCGUAAUGUACCCGGCCUCGCCCGACAUGGCCGACUACGGGGCCUACCCGUCGGCGCACAGCCAGGAAGUGACAUCGGAGGCAGACGGCCCACGCGGCUUCACACGCGGCUCUAAGCAGCGUGCCUCACUCCCUGUCAUCCGCUCCACCAAUCAGAGCAAGGACAAGCCGCUCGGUAUGCUGUACCUGCAGUACGGUGGCGAAAUGCGGCAGACGGUGAUGCCCAACUCGGUGACGACGAUGGACACGGUGCGGGCACUGUUCGUCAAGGCCUUCCCCACGGCGCUCACCAUGGCACUGCUCACCUCGCCCGACGCCAUCGUGUUCGUGGGCGACCACAAGCAAAGCUCCUUCAACCAGCUCAAUGACAUCGUCGGGGAGGUGAGGGAUCAGGCGGUGCUCAAGCUGGUCUUCAUGGAGCCAGCGCAGGCUGUCUACGGGGCCCCUCGCCCCUCCAACGGGGACAUGCGGGACGAGACGCUGUGGCGCGUCACCCCCGCCGCCGCCAAUCCCGGCUAUGCCUCGCCGGCGUUGCCCUCUCCGUCCAAGCGCCAUUCGGGCUACGGGCCGAGCCCGGGGCCUCCCGGCGGCACCUGGGAAUGGGGGAACGCGGGCCCGUCCGGCGUGGGCCCCGGGGGCAGGGGGAGCCCGUCGCCGGCCCCUCGCCACCACCUUCAGCAGCCGCCGCCGCCCGCCUCCCCCGUGUCGCCCGGCGCUAUCCUUGAGCGGCGAGACGUGCGCCCGGACGAGGAUCUGCGCAACCGCAACGUGGUGCUGGUGCGCAACGAGGGCCUGCGCUCCGACCCCGUGCUGCUCGGCUACUACGCGGACGCCGGCGGCAGCGUCGGCAGCAGCGCGCGGCAGAGCCUCGCCUCCAACGCCAGUUACACCAGCGAGCAGCAGUACCAGGCGGCGGCGGCACGGGCGGUGGCGACGGGCGGGUACUACGAGCAGGGCUACGCGCGCGGCACCGGCAGCAUGCGCCGCUCCGACUCGGCGCGAGACGGAGGAGGAGGUGGCGUGCUGGCGUACGCGUCACCAGGCCCCGCGAGGUCGCGCACCCCGCCGGCGUCGCUGCACUCGCUGCAUGGCUACACGGUGGUGCCCAUCGAGUUGGACGGCGGUGGACGGGGGUCGACGGUGGACGGGGGGCGAGGUCCGGCGGCGGCGGCGGCGUCGGCGUCCCUGCAACGCGGGACGCCCACGCCCAGCUCGACCGCGACCACGCCGCCCAGCGGCGACUCGUGGGGGUAUGGCCGCUGGGAACGGUCGCCCUCAGGGAACAGCACGUCGACGCUCGCCAGCGACCGCGAAAGUCGGGAGAAGAUGGAGAGUAUGGAGCGCAAGGUCACGAUGCUGAUGGAGCUGUUGCAGCGCACCAUGGGCCCGGAGGCGCUGGAGGACGCGCUGAGCCGGUGCGGCGCCGAGGACGCGAGGUUGCGGGCGGCGGGGAUCGGCGGUGCCGGCGGCGGCGCCAGCGGGACGCCGGCGCCCGCCUGCCCGACGAGCAACGCGUGCACGCAGACCGACUCCUCGGAGGGUGACCGGGACCCGGAUUCCUUGCGGUCGGUGGCGUGGCGACUCAAGGAGACGGUGGGACAGCUCCGCACGGACGUCAAUCAGCUGAGACACAUGCAGAUGAGCCACAAGCUGGCGUGGCAGACCGUGAGCCUGGCGACGGCGCGCCAGGUCCUGGGCCGCGCCACCGAGGCUGCCCGGCGCUCGGCCGCGGACCACGGCGACGGCGCCCAGGCCCGGCUCCAGCGGCAGCAGCUGGAGGAGAGCCGCGGCCACUUUGUGGGGCGCCAGCACGCCGUGCAGCGCCAGCUCAGCGAGCUGGAGGGCGGCGUGCAGCAGCUGCAGCGGGAGCUCUCCAGCACCGGCGGCGGGGACGGCGGCCGAGCGGCGCUCGCCGCGCUGGACGAGAGCGUCGGGGCGCUCCGACACGUCGGGGAGGGCGUCUCCGAGCUGCAAGCCCAAUUCUCCGUGCUCCAGAUGCAUCUGCGGAGCCUCCUGAGAGCCGAGGUGGAAGCCGUGAAGUUUCUCAACGACGAACCUCACCAGUUGGAGGGGCUGCACAGGAGGUGUCACGUCAUCAACGAAGCCAUCGGCCUCCUGCGCAGGGCGGUAGCAGAGGGCGUCCCUGUUUCUUCGCUGGAGCUGCCUCGCUGGGAGCGAGAGCCGGUGCCGGCUGAGGGUGGGCCGGACGCCACGGAGCCGCCGGGCGACGCCGCGUCCCCGCAGCCCCGGGCCGUGCCGCGUCACCACAAACCGGCGGCCGAAGAGGGCCGGAACCCCGCUGCAGGAACCGCUGCCGCCACCAGCGCCGUGGCCACCGCCGUCACCGCCACCACCGUCACCCUCGCCAUGGCUUCCCCGGGCAGUCGGAACCAAGAGGUGACAUCGGCCGCACCCGGUGGUGCAAGCAAGGAGGGGCAUCCUGUGAGCCGUGUAACUCGCGGGGUCAAGUCGUCCCGGCAACAGCAGCAGCAGCAGCAGCAGCAGCAGCAGGAGGAGCAGCAGGAGGAGCCACGCACGAUGCCACCUCAUGGCGGGGAUCGGCCCGACGGACGGGGCCGCUCGGCUGCCAAGCAGCACUUGGAGGCGGCGCCGAGGUCGCGGGGGGCCCAGCACAGGGAGGGCCCCCCCCGGGAGGGCCCCCCCCCGCCUCUCCCGCCCACCCCCAAGCAGCACCGCGACGGCGGCGCCGCGCACGUCAUCAGCAGCGGCGCCGCCGUCGCCACCACGGCUGCCACGGCCACCGCCACGUCCACCGCCACCUUGGAGAUUGUCAACAGGAGCGUUACUCUCGACGAGCUGGAGCGUGAGCUGGAGGAGCGACGAGCCAGCCGGAGCCACUUCAGCGAGCGUGACUUCAACCGCGUCCUCAACGAGGCCGAGAACACCAUGGCUCUGAUGUCCCCCGUGGGCGAUGGGCGGGCGCCGCCAGCCCCAUGGGACCAGCAGGGGGACGACGGGCAGCAGCAGCAGCAAAAGCAGCAGCAGCAAAAGCAGCAGCAGCAGCAGGCUCGUCCUCGGGAAGGCCUUGGCACGGGGCCUUUGCAGGCUCAGGCGAGGGAGGGGCCAGCAGCGCCGGCGGGAGCUGUGGCCCCGGCGCACGCUCGUGAGGAGGCGGCCCCGGAGGAGCCGGUGGCGGCGUCGGCCGUAUCCGAGGCGCAAGCGGCUCCGCCCGCAAGGGCCCGUGGCACGGCCCCGGAGGUCGGGGGUCGGCCAGGCGCCGGGCCUCCAGCUACGGACGACGCGGUGGUGACUUCGCCCCCGGAGUCGCCCGGCGCGCCGCCCCGGCCCCCACCGCCGUCUGCGGCGCCGACCGCCCCCAGCCCCUCCGUAGCGCCAGAGGCCACGAGCUCCGGGUCUCCCUCGGCGACCGCGGACGGGCAGGAGGAGGAGGGGGACCCCCCUACCCCGCCCCCCCGCGGGCCCCAGAGUUUCUCGUUCGGCCUGACGACUGGCCGCUCCGGCGAGGUCAUCCUGACCAGCCGCAAGGAGUCGACCAAAUCCCCCGCGCCGCCCACGAAGUCUGAUGCGGAGGCCAACGCAAGCGCAGCGGAGGUGUCCAGGUUAGUGCCCCCCACUACGCCGUCGUCUUCCCUGCCCCCCAGCGUGAACCGCACGCCCAGGCCCCCCGUGGUGGCGUCCGCGUUCGACAGCGAGGAUGACGAAGAGGAGGAGGAGGAGCGCAUCCUCGCAGAGCUGCAGGCGUUCCAGCGGAGCCCGGCUCCGGUGCGGCUAAGUGCGAACACGGUGGCGAUGGCGGCCGAGGCGUGCGAGGUGUUCGACGUUGGCGCCGAGAGGGAGGUGUUGACGGACAGCACGUCCUACCUCCAGCAAUCCUACUACGUCCCUUACUUUUACUGUACGCUCACUGAGCCCUGGGACCGUGCAGCAGCCCACCUCUUUAUUGACGAGGAGGGCGCCGACGCCUGCCGGGGAAUCGGCGGCGGCCCAGGGCUGCCGUGCAGCGAGGAUCUCAGAGUAAUUUCUCCCACGGGGGAAGAGAUGAUGGUUCACUCUUGCAAAUUCACUUUUCCGCAAGUGCCCGGCGAGAGCCAGGACGAUGCGUGCACCAUCGUGUAUUACGAGCGCUCGCCCGAGCUGCCCGGCACUGCGGAGGUCACAGGGUCAGGCCCGCACGAGCGGCCCGCCCGUCCGCCGAGUGGCUCAGAACAGCCCGAGGAGGGCCGCAAGCGCAGGGCGCAUCCCUCGGAAGGCCUGGCCGCCGCCAAACGAAGCGUCACCUUCUCCCCACAAAUCCAAACGCAGAUGGACGAGCCGGCGGGAAGGCCGCUGGCGGAGCCUCGUGCCACGGCCGAGGACGCGUCGGCGGUCCCACCGGCCAGCGGAGGGGGGACGUCCGCCGGGAACGGCGCGGCACGAGAGGGCGCCGGCGCCGUCGUGGCGGCUUUGGAACCGGGCUUCCCGCAAGGCCCGGUCGGCGCGGGCCUUCCCGCCGGGGCCACCAGGGAGACGUUCACGCAGUCGUCGGCCCGCGACGGCCAGCAGAGCACGGUGACGGUGUACCAGCAGAGCGGCGUGCUGGACCGCGGGGCGCAGGCGCCGAAGACCAUAACGAUCCGUUACAUCGAGGAGAUCACCUCGGAGACGGUGCCCCCCGGCGGCGGCGGCGGCGGCGGCGGCGGCGAGGAGGAGGGAGCAGACGGCGUCGUCAAGGAGAAGCUGGCGUUCCUCAUCCGCGAGAGCCACGUGCAGGCCAUGUCGCACGAGCAGGCCGCCCAGAUCGUGAGCGGUGCCGGCGACGAGGUCACCUCGCUCAUGGUGACCAACAAGGCGGGGCCGGGCGCCGGCGCGGGCCACGGCGGGGGGGGCCGCGACGGCGCGGACGCGGCGACGGGAGGGGGAGGCGGCAGCGGCGCGGCGGCCCCAGGCUACGCGCACGGCGAGGCCCAGACCUCCGAGACCUCCCAGACGACGUACCACAGCAAGAAGCAGCCCAUCAUCGUCAUAUUCGACGAGCCCAUGGACAUCCGCGCCGCCUACAAGCGCCUGUCCACCAUCUUCGAGGAGUCGGACCUGGACCGAAUGGAGCAGGACUGGCAGAGCCAAGGCAACUCCUCGCCCAGCCAGCGCAACUCCACCGCCGAGCGGGAGGCGGAGUUCUCGGACGUGGAGAUCAGCCCGAUGCCCGAGUCGGCGCAGGAGCACGCGGGCGGCGCCGCGCCCUGGGACGACGCGGAGGCGGCGCGCCGGGGGGCGGCGCGGGGGGGGUGGGGGGCGGGCGCCACGGCGCCGACCAAGGGUAAGCACGGCGCCGGCGACAAGGACGGCAAGACGGCGUCCUCCUCCAAGUUCCGCAUCCGCUUCCCCCGCAAGCAGCUGGCGGCGCUCACGUCGGCGCUGCGCUCGGGAACGCGCUCGGGGAAGAAGACCCUGGAGCUGGUGCCGGACGGGGACGAGCGGCCGGAUCGCGAGCAGGCCACCCAGGCGCCGCCUCCGUCGGCGGCGGCGCAGGGCAGGGAGGCGCCGGGGCCCGAGGGCGACUCCUCUCGGGCGGCUCUGGUGGGUUCCGAGCAGAGGGGUUCGCGGGUGGUAGCCAAAGCGGCGUCGGCGUCGGCGGCGGUUCCACCGCAGGGCCCUCAGGUCGGGGUUGCGGGUGAUGACGAUGGCGGCGGCGGCGACGGUGGCGACGGGGGUGGUGGCGGCAGCGGCAAGGGUGAAGAAGAAGAAGGUAUGAGCAUUGAGCGCACCGAGGAGAUCCGGCAAAACACCUACCGCAGCCUGGACAGCCUGGAAGAGACGAUCCGAGAGCUGGAGACCACGAUUAAGGAGAUCUCCGUGCCCAAGACGCCACCGCCCGUCGAUGAUAAAGCGGCGGCGGUGGCGGCUGCGGCUUCACCACAGCAGAUCACGGAGGAGCGGCCACGAGAAGAGAAAUUGAAAACCAGCGUAAAAAAAACAUCUGUAAAAUCCAAACCACCCCUGCUACCAAAGCCAUCCCUGUCUGCCGAUCAGUUGCUACAGGGCCCCCCCGGCACGUCGCCGAACGCCGUGACGCCGGUGACCCCCACCGGCGGCGGCGUUGGAGGGGGCGGCCACCCCUCGGCGCAUGCUCCCAGGGACCCCGGCGUGCCGCGGCAGGCGGGCCUGGCGGACGGCGCUCAGCAGCAGAACGGAAAAUCUCCGGCCGACGCGGGAGACCCCAACGCUCCGCUGCAGGGACACAAGGCCAUCCGCGUGUUCCACUCCUUCCGCCACACCGGUCGCACCACCAGCAGCAGUAGCAGCAGCAGCAGCAGCGGCAGCAGCGGUAGCGGCGGUGGCACCAGUGGUAGCGGCGGGGUGGGAUCCCAAGGCCAGCAUAAAUGAGGGCGGCGCAGCGCCGCGGUAGCGACUCGCUGCUCGGCCACCGCCGUGUGCGUCUCGUUUGUCGGUUGUGAAUCAUGCCAAUCGUGUAGUGGUCCUGUACGCGAUGAACUCUACAAGCUGUUUGCCUCUAAAUGCCGGGCUGGGCGAUGUAAAGGUUAUGAGUUUGUCAGGUUUUCCGUGCACACAGACGGUCCGUUAUGAUUUUGUGAUUACCGCGGGAGGUAGACGUUGGGAUUUCGUGAUUAAUUAACAACAGUGACUUAAUGAAUACACUGGGCUUUGUGUGCUAACCGCGACCCACGCUCACGUGUACGCGACCGGUAGUCCCUGCACACCGGGCACGCGGGAGGGGGGGACCCGGCGCACGUGGUGACCGGUGUUCGAGCCGGUUUAAGGCGUCCGUCCUUGGAUCGCUCUGGGCCCAGUUUUUCAGGAUCGGUGUUUUUGGCACCGCUCCGUCCGUGUGGCCUUGACAUUCACAUUGCCAACAUCACUGCGUGCGUCGCGUGCGCAAUCGUUUUGCCAAAAUGUACACUUUUUCUUUUGGCCGAAAGCUCGCUUGACCCUAUCUGGACUGGUGUCAAAUUGUGGGGGGGAGAUGGGGGUGGGAGAUGGGGAGGGGGGGGGACAUCCUUCUGAUUUGUCAGCCAGAGGUGCAGAGGUUAUGUGCUCGAGGAUGUGCGGCGAUUGUCAAACGCGUUACAAGUGAAUCAUUGCACGAAUAUUAAUAUCAAGGUCUAUUGCUGUCCGGGCCUAUUUCGACAAGUCAAGAGCUUAGAAUUGGCUGUUAUGGUUACAGGGUUACAGUGACACAGACCUGUAAAACUGAAUUAUUGAAAUUUAUUCCGAUGGUAUAUGACAAAAACAACAAACAAUUCCUGAUAAAUUAUUCACCAAAUGGAUUCGCAAUAUUUAUCGUUUGCAGUUUUUUGAAAACGCUCUUUGAAUAUUAACAAGCUUUUGCAUUUUCCUAAGUCCGAGUAAGCCCGUGAAAUGAAUCCUGACAUGGACGGUUUGCAGUGUUGUACCUAGAGGCUAUGCUUUGUUAGGCGUAGUUGGUUAGCGAACUGUCGUGCACACUCAUUAGAAGGAAUGUUCAUGAAAAUCCCUGCCUCUAACUUGUUUUGUAAAUCUCCACCUUUCAUCCCCUCGUUCUUUGAUCGGCCUGUAACGCCAUACAAAUGAAAUGCACAUUAUUUUAUUGUAAAAAAAUAUAUUAUAGAGUUUAAUGAGAGUAGAUUAACCUAUGUGGUGUAACGUUGCGUCAUUCGCAGGUUAAAACAAAAAAACUAUAUUUGCGCCCGCGAUACGCGCUUCGAGUCGCACCUGCGAGCAUUGAUGUGGUUCUUUUUUUUUACUCGUUCGUGCUGCUUGGCAGUGGCUUCAUGUGAUCCGUGCAGCCACUAAGGGCGCUACAAUGCAUCGCAAUGAUUUCUUUUUCGAAGUAUCAAAUUGUAAACAUUGAAUGGCAACCGCGAAUCCCAGCGAUUCGUACGACGAGGAGGGGAGCGGGAAUCGUUACCGGCUGUAACCUCAAAACAAGUGCAUCUUUAAUUCACAUAAAUUAUCAAUAUCGAUUCGCAGUCUCAGAACAAUCCCCCGUUCUUCAAUGAACACACGUGCUAAUGUUACGGGUUCUUGUCACCUCUGCAGGCGUUGGAAGGCGCUGCAUUCGCUAUGAUGUUUAAACGACAAAAAAAAGCAAUUCCUGCAUGCCACGAUCCUGAAUUGUUGCACUCCAAGUAAAACAGAAUUUGUGCAUCGUGUUGUUGCGCAAAUUGAGCCUAAAAGAGGAUUCAUUUAUACUUUUUUUUAAUCCGAUUCCUAAAAACAUAGUGUGCCCCAAUUCCAAUUCAAUUCACUUGGCAGAAUAGCCGACAAUCGAACACGAUGUGAAUGUUUUAAAGAGAGCGAUUAGGGAGGUUGAGCAUCGUGCAGUGUGAAUAGAUGGCACUACGUAGGCGGGUGUUCGACGUAGAAACUCAACAUGGGACGUUGGGCAAACUUUGCACGAUUUACUGGCAUCACGCGAGCGGAGGAAUGUCGCUUUGAUUUGUCAAUUUAAACGGUCGAAGAUAACGAGGAAGGGAAACACAUUUUAGGGGUGUGAGUAAUUGUCAAGAUGGUCCGAUGCAAACCCCGAUGACUCACGUGGCAAUGCCACGCCGAGUCUGAAGGCUCUCCCUCAGGAGCGGUCCUGCAUUGGCAUGUUCGGCCAAUGCCAUCACAAGGUACAUUUGUUCACAUUAAUUAUGGGGAGGGAACUGGAGAAUCUGGAGAACCUCACGCGUGACAGAGAACAUACAAACCGCGCACGGCAAGGCGCCCGAGCGAGGCGUCGAACCCAGGCCCCCUUGGCGCGAGGCGUCAACACCGCGGCACGACCCUCGGUCGCCAGGCCCACACCUCCGAUGAGCGCGGUUGGCUGCGUACGGUGCGAAGGAAGUUCAACGUACACCCACUGUACUUGGUGCAUGUAUACUGUCCUCCUCCUCCUCAGCCCUGUGUAUAUUACAUGAAUGUAUUACUACUGCUACUUGUGUAUGCACACGGUGUAGACCGUGCAUAUGUGUGUGCGUGCCCCUUGCACCCGUAGAGCUGUCGCGUCGGGUUAAUUUAAAUCGAUUAAUCACGAUAUUAAAAGGGUUCAUUUUAACCGUCGGUUAACCAACCUAUCGUAUAUGGUGUUAUCAAGUUGCCGGUGGGCGGGCUGAACGUAAGCGUAAUAAAAUAACUUGUUAAUUAGGAUUAAGAGGAUUUAGCGGUCGAUUAGGAAAUGCUAAUUAUCGGCGUUUCAGCCUAAAAUAUAUGGUAAAUGUAUAUAUGUUAAAUAUCAUAUAUGGGAUGAGAAAAUUGCAUAUAUAGGGCGCUUAUAUGCCUCAAGUAACUCGAAGCGCCUUAGAUCUCCAUCUCAACCAUUCCAAUGCCCUGCUGCAGCCCAGCCAGGGCGGGGGGUGCCUGCAAGUGGGGCAUUAGUCUGCCAGCAGGGGGCGAUGAUGGCGCCUGGGUUUUCCCUAUUUAGUAGACUUUAUCAUAUAUAUGGUAAAUGUGUGCUUGUGGUGCGUAUCAUCUAUCGAAUGAUUUUGUGAUCACAGUACGGUGGCAACACGUAUAGGGUAUUUCACGGGGUUUUUUUUUGUGCGGGAAAUUACGCAUUUCUCAAACCCGCGUACUUGCAAGGCCGUUCACACACGGACUUGGCGAAGAUCAUUCACUCAUUCAUUUCUCUUGAGACCAGCCGAGAGCCCUUUAAGGGCGCGAUCUUAUAUACGGGAGCACGGGUUUAAACGAAUUUGUGCUCGUGGCGAAAUAGAUUUACAGACGAUAGACACCACGAGACCCAUGGAUGGCACCGUUUUUGGCAACACGAUUUUGGUUGGGGGGUGGUGCAGGUGCGCCAGAGCACGUUGGGCCGUGGAAUGUGGCCAAAACAGAAUUGAAGUGUGCAACCGAUUUUGCCAUUUGGCCAAUUGCGUUGACUUCAGAGCGAUAGCAGAUUUAAAUUCGGUGUGCGUUUCAUUUCCCACUCUCACACAAUUCUCGUUUGAUGGCCAUGAAUACACAGGCGGUGCAGAUAGUGGGAGUUGGGGUGGGAGGUUGUUUGACCAUACUUCACCACGCUGGUCAGUGCCGGUUGGCGAAAGCAGGCGCAGGCAGGGGGGGGGGGCGUUGCAUAGCCGUGGGAGCAUAGAAGCCUAGUACAACGGUGGAUUUCUCUGCAUAGCCGAAGACGUAAGCCCCAUCCGCAGCCCAUAACAGCUGCGUGAGCACAGUGUGGUCGUCAGCGUCUAAACGGUUGCGAUCGGGUCGGGCCAUCCUCGGGUUGCGCUCCGCCUCUCCCGGUAGCCCGCGGUGGGCCAAUGGACUCGGCACUUAGCGGCGGCAGCAGAAGCAACGCGGGGGAUGAGGAGGUGGGGGGGGGAGCCAGACGCGCCGGGGCCUUCACCGAUAUCAGCUGCGCGUAGUAGCGCCCCCAUGUGGCUUCUGCGCGCGUUGCUCGCAGUGUUUGUUUUGUUUUUAAGGAGUGGGAAGGGCACGGGAGUUCACCGUCGUGACACGGCCUGGGGUCUUCCCUACCUGCAGCGCUUCGCGACAGACCACGAUGAAUACGAUUCGUUCCGCGCUGCACGUGCCUCGUGAUUGCUAAAGUACCGCUUCAAGUUCAUAAGAGAUCGUGUGUGGGCGUGCUGUUGGCCACCCCACCUCCCUCGUGCGCCUUCACGGAUGCUUGCUGACGGCGCUGGCCCCAGCGGUCUGUUAAGGCUACACGGGGGGGGGAUCUUUGUCUCUCAAGUGACUGAAGGAUGCCGGUUCAAAUUAACCGACGCGAUGUUAACGCCUGUUUCGUAAUCAUCGGGCGCGUGCAGCGCGUAAUCGAUCCACGUGUUUGUAACUGAGGACAUUCGUAGGCCUGGAAGAGAAAGAAAACACAUUGCGGUGUACCGGUAAACAUGAAACUUUCACUCAACGUUGGCCCAAAGUUGGCUCAACGUUGGCCCAACGUUCACUCAACGUUGGCCCUCGUUCGCCCAACGUUGGCCCAACGUUGACCCAACGCUCCGUGAUCACUAGGGCCGUCGCCAGGUCUGCAGCUCACGGAGCCCCGUGUUCUCGUGUUAGGAUCGACGCCGAGCCUCUUGUUGAGUGUCGUCUUUAUUUUUAAGUUGGGGAGGGGGGGGGGGGUUCGUCUACAAAUUGCAGCAAAGCUUUGUACAUUGUGCUCUGAGCUCGCUGUGUGCUUGGGUGUCGCGGCGUAGAAUGUACCGCAGACGGGACCGUGCGUGAAGAUUCGCUUGUACACACGCGACGUUUUACGUGAAACACCGACUGUAAUUACGCUCAUUAAUCUGCAGAGAGAUGACAGGUGUGGGGAGAGUCGGGGGAAGGGGGGAGAUUGGCCAUUCACUGCAUGUCUUGUCUUAUACUUGGUGGUUGGGGGGGGGGGUGCCUUCAACAUAGACUAAUACAAAUCUGAACGGUAAUCUAAAAAUCAACGAUUAAAUGGCUUUUUCCCCCCAUUAUUGCUCUUUUUUGUUUUAUUUUUGGGCCAGUCGAUAAAUAAAUGUAAGUGAAAUGUCAUUGGAUUAAUACGAAGGUCAUUUGCGACACUGAUUUUUUUUAAAAAGCAACUCUACACCUUCUGAAAAAGCAAUCGCUGUAAUGGUAUCGUCACGGAAUGCCAAGAACAUUUAUUAUGGCACGGAACUCCUCUUUCUCGUGCUGCGCUUUUGGGACUUGAGGUUUUGUUGAUGUCCGAGAAAAAAAUAUUUCAGAUGAAACCGCAAUAUCGCCACGUGAGCAUAGCUUCACAGCUUCCACGGAUAGCGCAAUGGUUUGUUUACCGGACCGUUGUUUGCAACGCGUGACCACCAAUCGACGUUUUAAACGGGAGAGGUCACGCGAACACUGCCCGUGUGAUAAUUCGGCAUUCACGCUAACUUGAUUGUGUAUAAAUUUCGUUUUCAUUACCAUUAGAAUAAAAUUUGUAAUGCACUUCAUUAAACUUAAGUGUAUUGCAGCUUAACAAAGGAACUCUACUUUUGGCAACUGCUAUACAAAGUAAAGUACUCGAGAACGUAUAUAGACACAACAUAACUCGAGAUGUACCCCGAAGCCUCUAAUGUCUACUAAAUAAUAACGGCUUACAGCCCUUUUUCAAGCCACUGCUGGAUGAAGGCCUCCCCAUGCCUUAUUGGUCGUGGGGUUGUUUGACCAUACUUCACCACAAUGGUCAGCGCAGGUCCUAAAGUAAGUAACAAGGGUAGGCGGAUGUUAGAAAUGAAAGUGUCACGAUAUUAAAUUGGGUACAUAUACUUUUAUAUAUAUACACACAAAACAAUUGUACCCUGUUCUCAAUUACAUGUGACUGAUGGUCUUGUGUGUUAGACAAUGCAUACACACGAAAGGUGAUUGAUGGAUUGUGGGACUUUGGUCAAGUGUCGAGGCAAGGUAGAUAUUAGCGAUGGGUUUCUGGUGUAUGAUACGGGCUGUCUGGCAAAGGCUUUACCCGCAUUGUAAAUGGUUGUUUUUGUUAAUCAUGGUAACGAGUAAUAAUCACUUUUUUUGAGUCGGGGGCGUUCAAUUUUUCCUUCACGAAUAAUUGUGGAAUUGAAAAAUGUGGAAUAAAAGUAUGGCAUUAAACAA